AGGCCUGGGCCAAUAAGGAGGCUCGAAUGACAGCUUUACGCACCAAUCGGGAGUGAAGAACGUUCGUGUCCGCCCGCCCUUCCGGCCGGAGCUCUAUUUACCAGGGGCGUGCAGCCCGCUUGCCAAUCAGAGCGCAGCUGAGCUGCCGGGCAGCCAACCCCCGAGGAGCGGCCGGCUGGCGUUCGCCGCACCCAGGAGUUGGGGAUGUCCUACAAACCCAUCGCACCCGCCCCCAGCAGCACCCCCGGCUCCAGCACCCCUGGGCCAGGCACCCCUAUCCCUACAGCCGGUAGUGUUCCAUCGCCGUCGGGCUCAGUGCCAGGAGCCGCUGCCCCUUUCAGACCACUGUUUAACGACUUUGGUCCCCCAUCUAUGGGCUAUGUGCAGGCGAUGAAGCCACCAGGUUCUCAGGGCUCACAGAGCACCUACACGGACCUGCUGUCAGUCAUAGAGGAGAUGGGCAAAGAGAUCCGGCCCACCUAUGCUGGUAGCAAGAGUGCCAUGGAGCGCCUGAAGAGAGGCAUCAUCCAUGCCCGGGCACUAGUCAGAGAGUGCCUGGCAGAGACAGAGCGAAACGCCCGCACGUAACAGGAAGCACCUUGGCCUCAACGUCUGGACCUUUCCGGCCACUGCAGAGCACCUGCUUCUCCCUGGCCUUCGCCCCGAGUUGCACUUCCUAUUCUGGGCUUCCUGUCCUGUGUCCCUUGGUGGGUGCCCUCCAGGAACCAGGGAGUGGCUCUCACUCCAGUUGGCAACAGAAACUGGGCCCCUCCCUUUGCAAGAGUUAGCAGAGGGACCACCGUGAGUCCCACCCAUGACCUGCCAACAGAGUUAAUCCACUGGAGUGUUCUCCUUUCUAUGGCCCCACACUUGGCACUUCACACCACUUUGUCCCAGGCCUCCUCUUCCCCCAUCAGAGGUUCAGAAGGCCUGUCACCUCCCUGUCUCCAGGGCCAUAGUGACUCUUUUCUCAGUAUGUCUUUUGCUAAAUCUGCCCUUUUUAUAUAAAUAAAUGAUGAU